AUGAGCGUAUACCUCUAUGAGCUACCCACGACCGGCGCCAUAUCUUUCAGCGACUUCUGCAUCGAUGAAUCGGAUGGCCGAAUACACACUUCUCACCUUGCCGAGGCCACUCAAGCCCGCGCUAAUCUGAGGAGUGCGCUUAAAGAGAGCAAGCGCACCGACCGUGACGAGAAGGACUACCUCAAGCUUAUCAAGAUCAUAGAUGAAUACCUUCCCCAAUUGUAUGGAAUCGUCACCUGCGUCAAUGCUGACGAGAUUCGUUUGAAAGCCGAACCAGUGUUUAGCUGGCGAACGACUCUGAGUGCCAAUCUUUUCAACACUUCGCCGCGUCUCUCUAUGACAUCGCUACACGCUGAUCUCGCUUCGUCCAUCCUCACAUAUGCAUUCGCACUCUCCAACUUGGCACGGUCUACGGUGGUCUCGCUUGGGAUGUACGAAUAUGAACGAUCGAUUGCGGACAUAGAAAGAAGGGCGAAAGAUGAGAAACUCAGUUUCGCUGUCACACUCCUAUGUAGGGCAAGCGGAGCAUUCGAGCAUCUGAGCGAACGGAUCCUCAUGGAUUGGGACAGGGCAAUGGAGACUGGAUUGGAUGCAGGGAAUGUACGACCUGCAGACCUACGUCGUGAAGUCUGCUCUGCCCUUGCGAAGGUGACGUGUGCUGACGCCCAAUCUCUUGCUAUUCGCAAGCUUCAGUCUAAAUCUGCCUAUGAUAGCACUCUAACUCCAGGGCCGCCCCUACCCAGGUCACAUCCGUCUCCCUCGUUGAUCGCGAAACUUCAUCUGGAAUGUGCCUCCUAUUACUCCUCAGCGCUAUCGCUCGUGUUGACUCCUGGGAAGACUAAGUCCAGCAAAGGUGGAAAUGAUGAGAUUAAUGCUGAGCUGAGGCAUUAUCUAUCGGGAGAAGCAGCUUUCCAUUCAGCUCUCAGCCACAAGUGGCUGGGUGUUGACGCAGGUGAAAAUGGAGGACCCUCAAAGGGUGGAGAAGCAGUCGCGUUCCUUCUGUGGGCCAAGAAGGAACUGGAGGAACUCAAAGAAGGGGCAAAAGGUUUGGGCAGCAUAGGGAGAGAUAAGGAGAAGAAGGAUCGCAGAAAAGAAAAGGUGUCAGAUGAACUCGCGAGCGUGACCGUGUUCUUGAAGAACUACAAGAAAGUCAACGACACACUUACUUUUCAACCGGUCCCACCACAAAUGGAGCUACAGUCUCGUAUACCAGCCGGACGCCUCGCGGUGGCUCCUAAACCAUUUGCUCCGCCUCCUCCAGCCUUCAAGCCGAGCUCUAUUGAACGACUGGCUGAGCAGCUAGAUCUCAAUGGUUCAGGCAGUUCUUCACUCGAAACACCCUCAGACAUGACUAACCCGCGAUCUUACGCUGGGGAAGGCUCCUACUUUUGA